GGGUACAAACUAAAAAAGUGUCAAACGAAAAAGUGACCAACCACCGGGGGUUGAGUGUACAUUUUUUUUCUUGAUAUUGUGUUUUUAAAGAAGUCUUUGGCAGAGCAAGGAGUCAGACGUGACGUGUCAGGCAAGAAAAAGAUGCGGUCUUCAUCGGUAGGAUCGUUAUCGUCUAAUGCACCGUGACGUGACGCAAUGUUCGAACUGCUUGCAGUUUGGGCAUGGUGGAAAAAACCGUUUCAUGAAGAGUCGUUGUGCAACCUGCGAGGGUGAGCACAAAACUCAAUCUUCCAACACAAUCAACGAAAACAUCUAAAGCAAAAUGCUUCAACUGUGGUGGCGACCAUUCGACCAAGAAUCGGAGCUGAGUUUGUGAAAAUUCGGCAGCAAGCGACGACGAGGCAUCGCCCAAAUCGUCUGCUUUGGCGUCAAUCGCCAAACCGUUUUAUAGAGCUUUAUGACGUUUCCCGUACGCACACUAGCGCACCAUCUGAUUUUGCUGGCCGGACAAAAUUUAACCUCAAUCUUUUUCGUGUACGUACACGCAAUACAUGCGCACGUAGAAACCUCUAUUGUAUCUAAAAAAAUUGCUAUGUUUUCUUAAAACUUGCGUAAAAUCGGACAGCAUAGUGCUCGACUGCUUUAGUACUAGCCAUACCCUAAAUUGGGUAGUUCCGUGCGAUAUAAUUCAAUGACUUCUAGUGGAUUUGCUAUGAACGUGUAUGCAUUGUUUACAUCUCGCGUUAAAUGUCAAAACAAACGUCGUCGUAAAUAACACUUAAAAGAAUUUACAUUUUUCUUUAAAAUAAAUAUUAAUUUCAUGAUUUUUGACUAUUUGAAGAACGUUUUAAGUUACCAAAAAUGGCAGAACUGAAAACAGAUGAUUCCGAAGUGAAAGAGGGAAAUAUCGGUCCGGAGGAGAGUACAGUGAUCUACAAAACGAUAUUCAUACAGGAAGAAUCCGAGCUAAUAAAUGGUGAUCUUUUAGCAGACGAAGAUAUUAAGCAAGAAAUCAUAGAGUUGGAAGAGUACGAACUGAAUGUUCCCGCCGUUGAACCAGCGCAAGAGGCCACCGUGUCAAAUGAAUCUUCAGUGUCCAAGGAACCCGUAAUAAUGUUGGAAAAACGGCUGAGACAUCCUAGGAAUAUGCCGUACCCAAGGAAGGAAUGCGAGCAUUGUGGUAAAACGUUCGCCUUCCAAUACAAUCUGGCCGUGCACCGGGUCAAGGAACACGGAAGUACGGAAACACCUACGAAAAUUUGUUUACCACCAAAGACUUCGUUGCCGCCAAACCUCCGCUGCGACCAGUGUGGUAAAUUGUACCAUCAUAAGGCUAAUCUCGCGAAACACAAAGCUAAAGUUCACGGCAUUGGAGAAGCCCCACCAAAAAGUUUUGUUCACACCUGCAAGCACUGUAAAAAGCAGCUAACAUCGUGGAAAUCUUUGGUCGAACACCUGAAGUUCAUUCACGGAGAAAUCAUCGACCCGACGCAGAUUGCUCUAUGUCCAUUGUGCCUCAAGAGAUUUACUACGGCCGAGGAAUUGUCGGGGCAUUCUUGCAGCAGGAGAAAUCAAGGGGAAAUGGAUCUUCCAUUCAAGUGCGACUUGUGCGAUAAAGCUUAUUCCGGCCAAACAAGUUUGUAUGCCCAUUAUUCCGUUCAUCCGGAAUACCACAACUUUAAAUGCGAUCAAUGCCCGAGCGGAUUCUUCAACAAAACGCGACUCAACAUCCACAAAAAGGCAUUACACGUAUCAAAAGACGAUUACCUUGAGUGUAACAUCUGUAACAUGCGCUACAAAAACCAACAAGUAUUGAGAUAUCACCAGAAACUUCACGCCAUUCGUGCAUACUGUUGUGAAUUUUGUGGCAAAAGCUUCGAGACUCGUGAAAGACUCCGAGCGCAUCAAUACAAUAAACACGCGAUUCAGGACGCGCUGCCAUACAAAUGCUCCUUUCCUAAGUGUGAUAAAAGCUUCCUCUACAACUGCCAGCUGAAAUCGCACGAGCAAUGCCACAAGAAUAAGAAGAGUCCGCUGUAUGUACAGCGGGAUCCUGAAUGAUUAUAAUGCGUCAUGGCUUUUUAUGAUUUUGAAUAAAAUUUCACUUGAUUUGGAAUGAAUAAAAGCAGUUUAAACUAUUAAAUAAC